AUGUCUGUAAAUCUAAAUCGUUUAGUUGGCAGAAUAGCUAUCGUAACAGCUUCAACUGAUGGAAUUGGUUUUGCAAUUGCUCAGAGAUUAGCUAGAGAAGGUGCCAAGGUAAUAGUAAGUAGUCGUAAAGAGAAAAAUGUAGCUGAAGCUACUAAAAAGCUAACCAGUGAAGGUUUAAAUGUAAGUGGUUUAGUUUGUCACGUAGGUAAAAAGGAGGACAGACAGAAAUUAUUUGAAGAGGCCAAAAAACUAGGUGGCUUAGAUAUUCUAGUUUCCAAUGCUGCAGUCAAUCCAGAAGUAGGAUUCGUCCUAGACUGUCCUGAAUCUUCCUGGGACAAAAUAUUCGAUACAAACGUAAAAGCCUCAUUUAUGUUAGCCAAAGAAGCUCUGCCUUUAUUAAGGGAAAGUAAAGCUGGCAGAAUCAUUUUUGUUUCUUCAAUUGCAGGAUUUCAACCAUUUUCUCUUUUGGGUGCUUAUUCUGUAAGCAAAACUAGCCUUUUAGGAUUGGUAAAAGCAGCAGCAGUUCAACUAGCCCCUGAAAAUAUUACAGUUAACUCAAUUUGUCCUGGAAUUAUUGAAACAAAAUUUUCAAACUUUUUGACCAAAGAUGAAGGCGCUAAGGAAGCUGGUUUAUCACAAAUCCCUAUGGGAAGAUUUGGGAAGCCUCAUGAUGUUAGUGGGUCAGCAGCUUUUUUGGCUUCAGAUGAUGGUUCUUAUGUUACAGGAGAAAAUAUUGUUGUAGCUGGUGGAAUGCAGUCUAGAUUGUAA